GGUAAACUGUAAUAUCAAGAACUCUUUUUUCGGUACUGUAAACUAUUCAGAAUUUUUCAAAAAUUUACAAGGAUGAUACUGUAAAUAUAACGAACACUGCUAUGAAAAAAAAAAUUAAAACAAAAUAUUUCGGCAUGUAAUUUCGGACAUAGAGAUUAACUAUGAAGUUGUAAUUAGCAUUUCUCUAUUAUGAAUCUUCGAUCGUAUGCAUGCCUCCUAAUAAGCCAACACCUCUACUCCCUAAGGUUAGCCCCAAAAUUAAACUAUAAUAUUAAUAUUAUACGGUGCUUUGUGUAAUAAAAAAAAAUAUAUUAUUUAGUGAUGUAAUAAAAAAUAGUUGCUUGCAACGUGUGGACCGUUAGCCAGGUGAGAUGGUCCCUAUAAGGGUGGGCGGAGAGAGCACCAUCCAUAUGACUAGGGAGUACGGCCCACCAGAUGCAUCCCAACUACUUUGCCCCACUUGGUUACAGGCCCACGUGACUGGACCCGGCGAUAGGACUGUAUAAAGUAAUCAAUAUAAACAUAUUAAAAAAGCUAUAACAAGUCGAUGUGGGAUUUUUUCUUCCUUAAACCAAACCAAAUCAAAAGUUGUUCUUCUCAGUUAGUGUAAAAAUGAUGCUAUCCGACUCUCCACUCCUCAUCUCACUGCACAACAGAGUCAGAGAGACCAAAAACCUCUUUUUCCCUCUCGACCAAGGAACCCAAUCACCGGCGGCGGCGCAGUUGCUUCGUCCUCUAAGACCGUGUAUGUCGUUUUAGUAUUUUUUUUUUCCUUUCUUUCUUUCUUUCUUUCUAUGUCUAUCUCUUCGUGCCUUAUGUAUGAAUUUUUGUUAUUGCUCGGUAUUAGUUCUCAUAGGGCUUGAUUUUCUUCCUUCACGCUGGGUUUAUCAUACAAUACAAGUUUAGAAUUAAUUUUUUUUGGCUUCGUGUUUCUUUUAACUCGUUGCAUUCCAUUUUUUAGGAUUUAAAUCUGUAUAACAUUUUCUGUAUCGUAAAAUAGCAUAAAAUGCCUGAAGGUUUCCACUUAGAACGCCCUCUGUUCGCCGGUGCCUUAACUAGCACCUUCCCUCAAAGGUUCCAGGAGGUGUUUGUGGAUCCUUCCCGGGAUGAAAGUUUGAUCUUUGAGAUAUUAGAAUUGAAGGAAGAAGUUGGUGAUGAUGGAAGUGCUUCAUGGUUUCUUCAAGACCUUGCCUCUGAACAAGAAUCUGAAGGCUGCGUGGUGAUUGAACAGUCAGCAGUGACUUAGGCCCCUGGACUGUGCUAUAGGAGCACACCUGCUGUCAUUAUAACUGCAGUAGGCCAAAUGGUAUGUGUCCAUAGUAAUCUUUUAGGUUGUGUUUGCUGUUGGUUAUGGGUUUUUACUUUCUUUAGUUUGCCUUCACAUUUAAGUAAUGGAUGAUUGGCCUUUGGUCUAUUGUGUGGAAUCAUAAAUGUCACCAACCUUGUAUCUGUCGUAAACUUGUGAUUAUUGAUGCUAGGUAUCUGUUCUUCUACUUCCUUCAAUGUGCCUCUUCUGUAGGGACAAAGAUGAAAAAACAAAAGGGAAAUUGUGUUCAAAUAUGUAUAUAUUUCAACAUUUUCUUUCAAGUAACCUUACAUAAUAUAUCCUUUUCCUUUCCUGAUGACUGAUAUGGAAUGGAAGAGAAAUAGUGAAACAGUGUGCUGCUUCAUCACCUGAUUAAUCAUUAUCGGUAUUGAAUAUUUUCUUUCCAAAUAAUUUGUAUUGAACUGCCAUUAGAAACAUUUACGAAGAACUAUGAUGAUUGCAAGAAGUGCUUUUGAAGCAUGGCUUGUAGUUUCUCCAUUGCAUGGAAAAUAUUCUUUGUUUAUCAAACUUCCUUUGAAGAAUCUCAAAGUUAAACUGUAUUAACCUUUUGGGCUCAUAUCAAUUCAUUAUUUUGGUUACUUGAACAUAGGCUAUCUCUAAGGGACGGCAAGGUAGGGAAGCACAAAAUGUUGUGAGGGUAAGUUAUUUCUCUUCUUUUUUAAAUCUAGCUUAGGAUUUUCUUUCCACCAGCUAAUAACGGUUUAGUGUUUCUGUGCUCUAUUAAUAUUUUAUUGUUAUCUUGUGGGUAUAUGUUGCAAAUGUUCGUCUUAAAGAAGUUAACACGGAUAUCCUAAUUUCUGCAUAGGAGCCGAUUCAUAUAAAGUAAGUACUAGGAGUUUGUGUUCUGCUGCAACAAGUUCUCGGUUUUUUUGCUUUUCUUUCUGAGAGUACAAAUCAUUGAUUAAAUGCUAUCACCUAUACUUGAAUAAAUAACACCUAAAACAAGAGCAUCUACACAUGAAUAUACUUACAACAUUCAGUCAAUCUAUGCAUAAUUUCUCUUGUAUUUCAAUAAUUUUAAACAACUAACAAGUUGAAACAUGUUAUAUUAAUUGCAAGUGUAAGAUUAAUGCCUCUUUUUCUUCCAAAUGUUAAGAUGUUGAAUUUCAAGGAUACAAAUGUAUUUCCUCUCAACAUAAAUUUUCCUGCCACUAGUGCUUUAGUAAUGUAAAGAGGCAGAGCAUAAUCUUCCUCCUUUGCACCCUCCUUGUGUUAGAUUCUCCGAUUGUGGUUCAGUUCCCAAAUGUUUGAACAGAAAUAGAUGGUAGAUGGUAACAACACUGUUUUGUGCUGUGUUAAUAUUUCCGACACCCUCGCGCUUUCCUUAUUGUUUUUGGUCCAUUGAGUGAAAGUGCUACCGCCGUCGGGGCUGGUGCUGCCACUCCUGCCGAGCUUUCUGGAUGUACGCCAAUGGUUGAGGUCUUCAAACUUGCUGUCUCAACGUUUAAAGUCAACAACUGGGGCCUUUUUGGAAGUGUAUAGAUGAGUCAUAGGGCCAUGUAUAGAUUAUACAUGAAUAGGUUGUUUUAGAUUUAAUGAUUAUUUUUUGUUCAGAAAGAUUGUUGCCAGUCACCAAACUUAGUUUCUGUUGUCAUCUUCCAUUUUCUUUGAAUGUUGAACUGAAUGGCUUCUUGGUUUGGUGACUUUGGUCUCAGUCCUUUUUGUAGAGUUUGAAUUGUUAAAAUUACUUUCUGAUCAUCUCCCUCUCUCCGCUGUAGAUGUUACUGCAUGUGUUCAGUUUUACACAAUAAAAAUUAACCUCAUGGUACGGCUUUGUAAA